GCUUUUUCCCCCAGGAACGCUUCUUGUUUGGAAACAAGAGUGGGGAGGGGGAAACGGAUUCCUGACUUGGAGACUACGACUCCCGGCAUCCCCUACGCUCCACAGCGCGCAUGCGGUAAAGAUGGGAGACGAAGAGGAGAAGCAGCAGCCGCGUGUGCUGCAGAUGGUACGAGCCGAGGGGUCGGAUAAGAGCUGUGUCACGUUUGUGCUCAACAAGGAAGAUCACACCCUCGGCAAUUCUUUGAGAUACAUGAUUAUGAAAAACCCUGAAGUCGAGUUUUGUGGUUACAGCAUCACCCAUCCCUCAGAAAGCAAAAUCAACUUCCGCAUCCAGACCAGAGGAGGCCUACCUGCUAUAGACGCAUUCCAGAAGGGACUGGAAGACCUUAUGGGUGUCUGCCAACACGUGCUUAACACGUUUGAGGCAAGCGUAGAAGAAUACAAGGCCUUGAACGAUGUGACAAUGCAGUAGUAGGUCGACACCUGCAGAAUGGAUAAACCUCUGCAUACAGCAAUGGGUUUGGGGACUACGAUUUAUUAAAAAGACAUUUUGGUUUUUUAAAAAAAAAAAAAAAAACUCUCUUUUUCUAAGGCCCGCAUGAUGGAAUCCAUGUUCUUCCUUUAGGGUUUAUAACGCAUCUAUCGCCAGGGAGCGACGAGAAUCUUACGUUAAUACGGCAGGUUUUUUUUUAAUUCUAUGGUAACUUAUCAGGUUUGCGAUGGGCACAAAGGAUAUAUUUUCAGCUGACGGUUCAGCCAUAUUUGAAAUUUCUUUUUUUUAAAGCUGUCGGAAUAGCUGCCUGUGGAAUGUUCCCCUCAAAGCCAUUGAGGGCUAAUAAAAAGGUAUCUGAAAGGCCAUCCAGAGUGGGAAGACUGGAAUGCUCUACUUCUGGUGAACUAGCUUCUGACAUCUGGUGACAUCUGAGAUCCUGGAAAUGGUCGUCUCGCUCCAGUGAGCUGCACUGAAAUAUGUGUCUUGUUUUGGAUGGCCCCACGGGCCGGAUCCAACCACAUCGCAGACCGGAUUCGGCCCGUGGACCUCGUGUUUGACACCCCUGAGCUGGAGAGAGUGUAGAGAAGACAACACAAGGUGACAAGGUGACAAUCUUAUGAAGAACAGUUCAGAGAAAUGAUGACAGGUAACCCUCGACGUACGACCACAUUUCAGCCCAAAAUUUCUGUUGUUGCCUCAUUUUACCACCUGUCUUGCCCCGGUUGUUAAACGAAUCAUUGCCGUUAAGUCAGCAACAGGGUUAUUAAGCAAAUUUGGCUUCCCCAUUGACUUUGCUUUGUCAGAAGGUUGCAAAAGGGGAUCGCGUGAUACACCCCCCCCCCCCAGGAUGCUGCAACCCAUCAUAAAUACGAAUUAAGCGGCUCAAUUUUGAUCCCAUGUCCAAGGGCUGGAACAAUUGUAAGUGUGAAAAUCGGUCAUCGGUUACCUUUUUUUGAUGCCGUCGUAACUUUGAAUGGUCACUAAAUGAACUGUUGUAAGUCGAGGGCUACCUGUAUGUUCGGCCGAAGGAAGAGGUUGUAAAAGAGGAGACUGUUCUGCCCCAGCUACAGACCCCAAAGAACGCAGCACACACAAAAUCUAUACAAAGCUUAUUUUACUCAAAUAACUCAGUCUUUUUCAACCAAAGGCUGUUAACAAACUUCCUUAACAGCUUACAAGUAUUCUAAGAUAAAGUAAUCACAGUCUUACUAGGGUUGGCAGAAAGCCCAGAAGCAAAUUUUGCAGAGAAUCCAGACGCAAAGGAGAGUGAACUAAAGUUGUUCCCUACAGCUUGCUGCAAUCAGCGUUCCUCCUUAAAUAGGCUAAGGGAGUAGCCAAUUAGCCCCAAGCCUUACUCUCGAGGAGACCUCCUCCUGAGGAGCCACUCCUGCCUUUUGGCUGCUCUGCGCGCCCGUGCAUUGAGAAGAGGCUCCUCCUCUUCUUCCUCUUCACUUAAUGGAGGUUCUGAAAGCCCUGGCUGAAUCCCCGUCUCUGGCACCACAUCUUUUCCAGCCUCCUCACUGUCUGACUCGAGCGCCAGCUGCACAGGCUGCUGGUGCAGCACCACACCAGCCUCCUCGCUGUCCGAAUCAGCUACAAUCUGCACAGGCCACUGACGAGCCACAACAGAGACUUGGUAACCGUCUUCUUCAACUUGAAGGGCUUCACACCAGGAAGAGGGUGUGUGGAGAUAUGUUCUGCUAUGCCCAAGGGAAGGACAUGAAGUGUGGGUGGAAGCUUAAGAGAAAGAAAGUGAGACUUGAAAUAAGGAGGUAUUUCUUAACCAGGAGAGCUAUUAAGCAGGAGUAGCCUGCUUCUGUGGCGCUACACGUAUGGAGGGUUUUCAAACAGAGGGAAUUAAUCUUUAUUAUGAUCACAGACCAACAAACAGGUUGGACAGCCAUUGGUUUGGGAUAGUGUGAGGAUUCCUGCUCUGGGCAAAGAGAGAGACCAAAAGACUACAGCAGCAGCAGCCAAAAAAAGCCAAUGCAAUCCUAAAGUGUAUCAACAGAGGGAUACAAUCAAGAUCAAGGGAGGUACUAAUACCACUCGAUAAAGCCUUAGUAAGACCACACUUAGAGUACUGCAUCCAGUUUUGCUCACCGCACUAUAAAAAAGAUGUUGAGACUCUAGAAAAAGUGCAGAGAAGAGCAACCAAGAGGAUUAGGGGACUGGAGGUUAAAACGUGAUGAAUGGUUGCAGGAACUGGGCAUGGCUAGUCUAGGGAAGAGAAGGACCAGGGGAGACAGGAUAGCAGUCUUCCAAUAUUUGAGCGGCUGCCACAGAGAGGAGGGGGUCAAGCUACUUUCCAAAGCACCGAAAGGCCUGUCAAGGAAUAAUGGAUGGAAACUGAUCAAGGAGAGAUUCAAUCUAGAAUUAAGGAGAAAUUUUCUGACCAUAAGAACAAUCAACCCAUGGAACAGAAGUUGCCUUCUUCGGAAGUUAUGGGAGCUUCAUCACUUGAGACUUUCAAGAAGAGAUUGGACUGCCAUUUGUCAGAAAUGGUGUAGGGUCUUCUGCUUGGGUGGGGGGGGGUUGGACUAGAUGACCUACAAGGUCCCUUCCAACUCUGUUAAUCUGUAUCACCUCCAAGAUCCCUUUCAACUCGAUAAAAAUGGCUCAAGGGAGACCAAUAUAUUAGAAGUCUUAAUUAUGUAGCACUUGCCUAAAUCUUUGCCCUGAUGUCUUGUCUCAGUCUUUCAUUUGUGAGAAUUUUUGGUUGACAUUGAAUUAAGGUUUCCUGACAGAACAAUUAACCAGUGGAACAAUUUGCCUCCAAAAGUUGCGAAUGGUCCAACUGUUGUGACUCUGACCCCUGAGCCUGUCCUAACAGAGGGAGAGGACUCAGAAGGUGAAGGAGAGGAUUUGGCAAGGCCUCCCUCUCCAGGACCCUUCUCUCUGGCAAUGCCUCAGGUUUCCUCUGAAGGCCAAGAGAUAUGCCAGGAGCAAGGCACUUCGGAGCAGCUGCAGAUAGAGAACGAGGGGGAUGAGUUUUGGCUGGAUCCCAGACAGCGUCGGAAGGAUAAGCAUGCGCAGCAGAGAAAGAGGUGUGGGCGGGCCAGAGAUUGAGCUGAGUCACUGGACCACACCCCACAAGGAAUAAAAGGGGGUGUGUUGGCUAUUCAGGCCUUGUGACGGACAAAUUGAAAAGCUCGGAAGUCAUAUCGUGUGUUGUGGCUCCGUUACCUGAGCCUGUGUUAUCGGCAGGAGAGGACUCCGAGAGUGAAGGAGAGGAGUUGGCAAGGCCUCCCUCUCCAGGACCGUCCUCUCUGGCAAUGCCUUCGGUGUCUGCCAAAGGUCAAGAGUUAGGCCCGGGGCCAAGCACGUCCACACAGCCACAGGUGGACAGUAAUGAGGGAGAUGAGUCUUGGCUGGAUCCUCGGCAGCGUCGCAGAGAUAAGCACGCGCAACAGAAGAAGAGGCGUGCCAGGGAUUAGUCUCAGUCAUUGGACCACACCCCACAGGGUAUAAAAGAGGGUGUGGUGGCCGGUUCAGCUCUGUGACAAGCAAAAAACGGAUAUCGGACGACCUUCUUUGUAUUUACUGGACUUUGUUGAUUAUUGUGUAUUGGCUUUGUUCCCGGACGAAAGGAGAAACUACCCCCUCGUGAGUAAAGAAUACCUGUCAGCCAGCUACUGAGUUGCUGCCAAUUCUGAUGCCAGAUAAACUGUUGUCGGCUGAGUACUUUAACUGUUGCCUGUCUGUGGGGGUGCGUGUGUGAGACGGGGACAGAACAUCAUGUUUCUAGAACCCUGUUAGAAUCUCUUUUUAGAUUUCUUCAGACUGGACAAUUCUUUGCUUUGCGGAAUUAAUUUGGUAUAUCGGACUGAGGAGAAAAAACCUCCAUUAGUGAGUAAAAUCUCUUGGCAGGCAGUUCAUGGUUCUCUGCCAAGACUGUUAUCUUAAAGGAAUUCCCCACUGUUUGAUUCAUUAACUCCUGGCUGUCAGUUUGUGUGUGUGCGUGUGACGGGGACAGAACACCAAGACUAAGUUUUUAAGAAGAGAUUGGACAACCAUUUUCCUGAAGUGGUGUAGGAUUUCCUGCCCGAGCAGGCGGUUGGACUAGAAAACCUCCAAGGUCCCUUCUAACUCUGUUAUUCAAUAUUCUAUAAGGCAAUACAGGGUUUUCCAUGCCAAAGUGUGCGACUGAACAAAAAUAUUUCGGCCCCUUUACAAUAAGACAGUUCUCCCUCAAAGUUUUAGAUGCUCUUGCAAAUUAUAUUCUGUCAAGGUUUUUGAACGUGGCUUCAAUCUGUUGAUCAUAUCGUGUAGACCUGAGAAAUGUUAGUACAAAUGUUGCCAUCGCUAAUAUCUGUAACCUUUGAAACCAGCAUUUUAUUCAGAAAAAAAAGUGACUCUUAUUUUAGUCUACAUUAAACACACAUUAUAGUUUA